CCCAAAGCCUGACUUUGAGUGUUUGGUGAGCAGACCUGCUAGCUACUGGUGUGUUUGAGCUUUAAAGCUCUGGUUGUAGCCCUGAAGUGCUCUGUGUGAUUGGUGACCAGUAGUAGCCGUUUCAGUGCAAUAAGAGAGGAAUCACCACCACUAUCAUUGUUUGGCCUUGGCAGAGCUCGUCAAUGUACUUGGAGUGUACACAAGUGCAGUGUUCCCCCGUUUCCCGUGAUCGGGCUGUGUGCCUCGACUUCCCAUUGCCUCCCUCGAUCCUCGACCCCUGCUUGGACACGGACCUCGUUACCUCUCUCCAGCCCCCGACCUUCUCGCCUUGCCCCUUUGGUCUGACGAAGGAUUCAUCCAACGCACACUUACAACAAACUCUGCCCGGUCUGGCUACGGCGCAACACUUCCUGCUUCCUGCUAAAUUGAAACUUCUGAAUGGAUACUCACUUUGGACUGACAAGUGAGUAUCCAAUCACAGUCUCGUUAACAUCAGACCGACUGCUGCUCCGUACCCACAUUGUCACCAGAAAGCCAAAAAAGAAGUUGUGUGAAGACGCAUUCAUGGACACCCCCUCACAGUGCACAGUCGAUGGGGGGCGGCGAAAUAACCCACGGGCCAGCCAGUAUAGCAAGGACACUCAGGACCUGCUGAGAUCGAUGAUGCAAGAGAUGACUCUCACACACUCCCAGAGGAAACACAUCAACGAGUGCCUGAAGAAUGGAUCAGCCUUGCCACUGAGCACUCAGCCGUCACCAUCAAGAUCCUCCUCUCAACCCAAAGGCAGUAGAUGUGUCCACAAACUCCUGCCAGGUCGCCCUCAGAGACGCAGCGCCGCUUCUUGCCGCUCUGGGAACAGCUACGUCAGAGAAAAGUUCUCCUCUGCUCCAACAAGAGACUUGGAAAAGGAGAAGAGGAGGCUUCAAAACAUCCUGGCAACAGGACGAGAAGAAACAGCCGAUGAUACAAAUGUUGCUGCGUGUGACGAGCCUGAAGUCACAGAGGAACUGGACCGUUACCAGGAAGUUUUGGAUGAGAUUGAGGAAAGAAGACAAUUCCUGGCUGACAUGGCCUCUCUGGGACAGGAGAAGCAGUACAUCCACAUAAUCAACACCGAAAUAUCCCAGAAAAUCCGUGAAUUGGAGAUGCUAGAAGAAGCCCGACAACCCAACAAGGAAGUGAACCGCAUGGAUGCAAGAUAGUGACAUGUGCACAAAGGUUAAAUAAACAAUAAACAUCUGCAGUAUUUAUAUAGCUUGUUUAUAUGAUCUACCUUUCACCGUAACCAUUUCUUAAAAUUCUGCUUUUGGGAUAAAAAAAAAAAAAAAGCAUCUGCAUAGGUCCAAGCAGAAAGACAUGAUGAAUAUGGGCAAAACAUUUGGACAUUUAAAUGCCCUGACAAUAUGCAGCUUAUUAGCAGGCAUGCAAACACACCCCCACUUUCAGGUGAAACACAUUAAAAACACAGUCAAAUAUAAAUUAACAAUGAAAAAGUCAGGGCUUCCCAUUUCUUUUUUAAACAGCUUAAAAUUGCCAUUUUGUUUUUUUAAAAGCACAAAUGCAUAUGUAACCUUUUAUCAAUACAAUUCUCUGACAGCCAUUUGCAGCUCUCUAGAUUCAUUCAAUAUGUUGAAAAUGUGUUUUGACCGAUGAUGCAAAUAAUUGUCGCUUUUUU